AUGACGCGCCUAGCUGCCGCAUUGCUCUUGUUCGUGCUAGGCCUCGCCUGCGCACAUCCACAUCCACUGCCAAGGCAGGACUCUGAUUCGCCGCCAAGAGACUCGGCGCUGGUCGCUCGAAGUGUCUUUAGCAAGGUGCGUUCGUCGGCUCAAAUCUUGCUAGUUUGCAGCGUCCAACUGAAGCCUAUUUAUGGCUUCCAGCUCAUCAACUACUUUAAGCCGAGGACGCCUUUCAAAUCCACCAUUCCCAAAUACUCGUCCAAAAAGCGGACAAGCGGCGAUUUUAAUGCGCUGAGCAAGUCGCAGAGGAUGGAUCAAGUGUCGCAAUAUCCUUCCUUUUGGAGGCCGGCGCCAGGGGCCAAGAAAACACCUCGCUACACAAAGAGCUACUCUGCGCCGACCGUAUUUCCAUUGGUCAGACCGCCAGCGGGCAAAUUCUGA